AUGUCGGAUACUCAAAAAGCUAGUUGGCUAUGCCCCAAUUGUCACAGUAAACAGCCUAGAGGCGACAACACAAAUACGCCUGUCAAGCAGACGGCAUCGUCAUCGUCACCCACGACAGCCUCCAGUAACGUUAUGACACGCAAAGCUACCAAAGUGGCAGGCGAGUCGCCCAUCCCACAAGUACUAAGUAGCGGCGCACUUACAUCGAGCGCAGAGAUACGUGACAUCAUAAAUGAAGCACUGAGGGAAUGGACCACCGGAAUUUGUAGUCAACUAAAUUAA